GUGAGAAGCGAAGAAGAGUGACUUCCUAACGUUAGCUUGAUGCUAAGGCUAGCAUUAGCACUGUGUUUCUGUCCGCUGCCAUGAAUUAAGACCUCUAUAACCCCGUUCCGUAAGGCUCCUCGUGUGACGUCAGACUGCACUAGUGUGACGUCAGACUGCCAUCGAUCAGGAGGAGAUCCGUCUGUCAGCGAUGUACGCCUCAGGGAAAUACAGCUCGCGGGGCCCCGCUCUGAUCCCGCGGAUGAAGACCAAGCACCGCAUAUACUACAUCACGCUGUUCUCCGUGGUGCUGCUCGGACUCAUCGCCACCGGGAUGUUUCAGUUCUGGCCCCACUCCAUUGAGUCGGCCGCGGACUGGAGCCUGGACAAGCGCAGCGUCCACGACGCUCCUCUGGUCCGCCUCCCUGUCUCCAGCCCCAUCCCUGAGAGGGGCGACCUCAGCUGCCGCAUGCACACCUGUUUUGACGUGUACAGGUGUGGUUACAAUCCUAAAAACAGAAUCAAGGUGUACAUCUACCCCCUGCAGAAGUUUGUGGAUGAAUUGGGGGUUCCCAUCAGCAGCACUGGACUGUCUCGAGAGUACAAUGACCUGCUCAGCGCCAUCUCCGACAGUGACUUUUACACUGACGACGUCACCAGGGCUUGUCUUUUCAUCCCAUCUAUUGAUGUGCUGAACCAGAACUCCCUGCGUAUCAGAGAGACUGCCCAGGCUCUGUCAAUGCUACCCAGAUGGGACAAAGGGAUGAAUCACCUACUUUUCAACAUGCUCCCCGGAGGCCCUCCAGACUACAACACUGCUUUGGAUGUGCCCAGAGACAGAGCGCUGCUGGCUGGAGGCGGUUUCUCUACAUGGACCUACAGACAAGGUUAUGAUGUCAGCAUUCCAGUUUACAGCCCCCUCUCUGCAGAUGUUGAGCUGCCUGAGAGACAACCAGGGCCACGGCGCUACUUCAUUCUGUCUUCUCAAACUGCUAUCCACCGAGAGUACCGUGCUGAACUGGAGCGCUUGAAGGAAGAAAAUGGAGAAGCACUGCUCCUCCUGGACAAGUGUAGCAACCUCUCUCAGGGGGCCGCCUCUGCACGAAAACGAUGCUGCAAGGGGCAGGUGUAUGACUACCCACAGAUCCUGCAGGAGUCUUCAUUCUGCGUGGUUUUGCGGGGGGCCCGUUUGGGACAGGCUGCCCUUAGUGAUGUGCUGCAAGCGGGCUGUGUCCCCGUCAUCCUUGCUGACUCCUACAUUCUGCCGUUCUCUGAAGUACUCGACUGGAAAAGGGCGUCCGUGGUUAUUCCAGAGGAUAAGCUAUCAGAGAUGUACACCAUCCUAAAGAGUAUUCCUCACAGACAAGUCGAAGAGAUGCAAAGACAGGCACACUGGUUCUGGGAGGCCUACUUCAGCUCCAUGAAGGCAAUUGGCUUGACAACGCUCCAGAUCAUCAAUGACCGCAUCUACCCCUAUGCUGCACGGACUUAUGAGCAGUGGAACAAUCCACCUGUGGUGAAGUGGUCCAGUGUGAACAGCCCUCUGUUUUUGCCACUUAUCCCACCGAGAGCACCUGGGUUCACUGCAGUGGUGCUGACCUACGAUCGCGUUGAGAGUCUUUUCCGGGUCAUCACAGAAAUCUCUAAGGUGCCUAGCUUGGCUAAGCUGCUGGUGGUGUGGAAUAACCAGAACAAGAGUCCUCCUGAGGAGACUCUUUGGCCAAAGAUCGGUGUUCCUCUCAAAGUGGUGCGAACCAAAGAGAACAAGCUGAGUAACCGCUUCUUCCCCUACGACGAGAUCGAGACAGAAGCUGUGCUAGCAAUCGAUGAUGACAUCAUCAUGCUUACUUCUGAUGAACUGCAGUUUGGCUACGAGGUAUGGAGGGAGUUCCCAGACAGGCUGGUGGGCUACCCAGGCCGGCUGCAUCUUUGGGACCAUGAAAUGGGGAAGUGGAAGUACGAAUCAGAGUGGACCAACGAGGUCUCCAUGGUUCUUACUGGAGCCGCCUUCUACCACAAGUACUUCAACUAUUUGUACACAUACAAGAUGCCUGGGGACAUCAAGAACUGGGUGGACGCUCACAUGAACUGUGAAGAUAUCGCCAUGAACUUCCUGGUGGCUAACAUCACGGGCAAAGCUCCUAUAAAGGUGACCCCCAGGAAGAAGUUCAAGUGCCCUGAGUGCACUGCCAUUGAUGGACUGUCCCUGGAUCAGACGCACAUGGUGGAGAGAUCUGAGUGCAUCAACAAGUUUGCAUCAGUUUUUGGUACGAUGCCUCUGAAGGUGGUGGAACACCGUGCAGACCCCGUGCUCUAUAAAGACGAUUUUCCAGAGAAGCUCAAGAGCUUCCCCAACAUCGGCAGCCUCUGACCAGCCUGUGACAGAUGUUUGUACCCCGUCACUACUCUGCAACAUGUGUCAACAACAAUUUAAUUUGAAAGGCGAACAACAGAGGUCACUGCAAACUGGUGAUACGAAUGAUUUGUUUGGCUGAAAGUGAAAGAUAUUUUAAACAUUUACCAAUAUGAAUGCACACACUAAUGUUACAUGAAUAGCUGUUUGAGGUUCAGCCUGAGUCUGAUGUUUUGAUGGACAGGCUGACUGAUUGGAGGAUUGUGGUUUCUCACUGUUACUGUUUUGGAGCUGGAAGCUUUGGGCUCCAGCUGCUCUGGAAUCAGUUUAUACAGUGUAUAUAUUUGUAUUUUCGCAGCAGUGCUGUAUAAUUUUCAUAAUUUAUGAUGCUCCAACCAGGAUAUUUUUUCCUUUUCAAAAGAUGACAUGGACCUGAUUAUUUUAGCUGUCCUGUAUUAAAAGUACAAAAUGUUUAAUUUCAUGAUAUAUAUGCUUCGAUGACGUAUCACUGUAGGCUUUAUCUUUUGGUUAAUUGAAUGUGAAAACAUACAGUAUACAACAAAAGAUCAUGUACAGUAAAUGUUUCACAUACCUUUUUAGUUUUAAUCAGAUUGCGAAGCUGGUACCAUAAAUCUAAUAUUUAGAAAGAUUAACUACUGACUUUAAGAGAUUGAUGAUGAGCUACUGGAACAUCUUGAAUUGUCAUUUUAUUCUGCCUGAGCAAGCUUUUUUGUUUAAUUUAAAUAUAAGAGACACAGCAGUGCUAAUUGAAGCAGCUACUAAGCCAUUUCAUGAGCUGAGUUGUGUGCAUGAACACUGCAUAAGCAUAGGAGUAAUUAUUCCCAAAUCCACACUUUUCAAAACAAUUUGUAUAAACUGCAAUGCUUUGUUUUUCAUUUUCAAUUAUUCCUGUUGUGUGUGUGUGUGUGUAUAUUUUUGUCUGUUAUCCCUAGUUGUCCGAGCUCCAGUAUUUAAUCAGGCUUUAACAUUGAAAGAAAUGCAGUCUUUAAGAUGUUAACCUCCCCCUGUGUUGGUUUUAUUUGCCUUUUUUAUUAUUAUUUUCAUAAGGUCAGUGAAAUUGUUUUAAAUUUUUUGACUGCUUUUAUGUAUCUAAGUGUAUAUAUGACUUUUUAAUACAUAAGUAAAGACCACACUAAUAUGUCUCACAGUAUCCAUUUCCCUUUUCUCAAUCUGUGUGUGUGUAAUGUGGGUAGAAGAAGAAGUAGGACAUUUUCCUGCAGCAGACCUUCCGUGACACGGACGAUGCGCUGUUCCACUCCAGCCCGUCACCUGUUGUUAAUAUACACGGCCUAAUCCACCCUGUUCAAUGUCAGCAGUUCAAAAGGGCGCAGUUCGUAUUUUUGUCAACUUCAAUUAGUGUGAUACUCUUGCGGGUUGUGCGAUCUCAUUUCAGCACUCGUGUCUCUUCAAAGGGACUGAAAUGUUUGGUGAUUUCAGAAUGUGACUAAAGGGUGACACAAUAUUUUGGCAGGUUGUUGCAAUGCAAUAAAAUGCUGCAGAUUCAUUGGGUUUUUUUAACAACAGCAGACAACGUAUUUAACAAGUGUGUUUAGCUGAUGACUUCAAAGGUUUUUCUUUAGACUCGGAGGGACUUGAGUGAUCUCUACUAACAGGAGAAUAGCUGUCUUGAUUUUUCACUGUGUGUAAACAGCUAGAGGAAACCUACAUUACCUUCUACCCUCUAUAGACCGUUUCAACAGAAUUCCAUUGCUAGGCAACAGCUUGGGUCCAUGUUUAUUUCCUGUCUGCUUAUGUUAUUCACAUACACAACAA